AUUUCUGAUUUGUCACUGGUCAUGAGAAAAUGACGGUUAGAUUUGAACAUGAAAUGUAAUUGUAUCUGUGUGGUGUUUUUGGACAGUUAGUUCGCAAAACAUUUAGCAAGGCGAGCUAACAGUACAAAACAGCAAUGGGCUUACCUGAGGAUGAGAUACACAUGGAGCUCAAACCUCUCAUUAGUGUAAGAUCAGAACAGAGCUUUGUGGAGGUGCUGUCCAGACUAAAAGAUCUUUUAGGGAAAAAGUCACUGGGAGACCAGAAGGAUUUGGAGACAUGCAAACAGGAACUUUACUGCCAUGGGGUCCUGGCAUACUGUUCCGCUGCACUAAAGUUUAAUCCUGCCAAAAUUGAAGGAAGUUACAGCUCAAUUACACAGAUGAUUGACAUUAUCUGCACAUGCUGUGUAGGUAUUGGUUCUGUAAAGGACAGAGAUGUGUUCCAUCACCAGUUUCUUCCAUCAGUAACAGAAAACAUUUUGUUUUUUGCUCAUCGUAUCAUGAACAGAGCAACAUCGGAUAAAGGGAAAACAGAGAUGAUUCGUCUCUUUAAGAAAGCCUUUGAUUCUCUCAGCUGGCUUCUGAGAGCAUACACUCAUUUAAUAAUCAGUGUCCUUCAGUCUAAGCAUUAUGAAAGUAUACAGAUGAGUGAGGAUGAUGAGAUCUCUGCAGUUGUGCUAAUGAUGUGGUGCACUCUGUUUAGGACAAACAGUGCAGUUUUACCUAAGUUGGAGAAUAAGGCGUUGAGCAAUAUCAUGGAUGAUGUGGUGUAUAAAAUCUCAAGCAGCUCCAACCCUGUGACUGGCAGCACUGCUGUCAAAAUUUUACUCCUGAUGAUAGAGCAGAACAGCCACUCCCUGCUGCUCCUUCAUAAAAAAUACAAAGGACUGGAUGAGUUGGUGAGAAAUGACUGGCAUGGUAAGGGCUUUGAUGCAGCUCUGGAGCAACUGAUCGACCAUCUGCAGUCUGAAGUACCUGAAACAUGCUUUAUGGCUGGGCACUCAAGUGAAGAGAGGGUUCGAGCAGCCUGUGUGAUCCAGGCAGCCUGGAGAGCCCAUCAGACUCGGUGCAGGAUAAAGAAACUUCCCAGAGCUGUGAGUGCAUUACAACGAAGCUUCAGAGAAAAGAGACGACGGCAGCAGGAAGACACAGAGAAACGUUGUGCGGAAGAAGAACUGCGUCAUCAAGUAUGUUUGCGCAGACAGCGAGCCAUUCGGCAGUUUCGCCAGCGCCAGCUCCAUCUGAUGGAAAUUCUGCCUGCAGACCAGUUGGCGAGGUUCCUGGGAGAACUGGAGAACAGAGCAGCUCUACUGAUCCAGAGAGUGUGGCGAGGGUACAGGGAGAGACAGCGUUUCCAGCAGAGCAGAUAUGAACUUAAACGGCACAAAGCUGCAGUCACCCUGCAGAGAGCUGUUCUGAAGUUCCUAAAGAGACUGAGAUCUCAGCGGAAUGCUUUAUCCCCAUGGAAAGGCCCCAGAGGCCUGACAGACAGCAGGAGAAUGGAACUAAGGAGACAAAUAGAGCACUACAUUUCCCUUUACCCUUCCUCAGUGGUAUCAUUAGAGGGAACUGUAGAGCUUCAUGAGAAAGCUCAGAGCAUGCUGCACCAGCACCAGUUUACCAGAGCUUCAGAUCGGGCUCAGGAGCAGCACAGGCUGGCCCUUGUCGCUCAGAUCAACACAGACCUGGAGCUGCUGAUGAAUGCUCCCACUCUAAAAGACGCAGAUAAUGAAAACUCCUGCCUUUUCCUGAGCCGCUCUGCACCAGUGGCUAUGCGUGCUCGCCAAUCCCACAAUGCCUUGCUCCAGAGUAUGCACCUGCCCUGGUGGAAAAGACUUGGAGAUGAAUUCUCCAGCCCCGAAUCACUUCCUCAAAAGGACUAUGAUGUGGAGUUUGAAUCUUUGUAUCUGGGUGGCAGUUAACUGUUAGCUGUUCUGGAUAAGUUAGGAUUUAAACCUUAUACAGUAUUUAUUGCUGAUUUGUAUGUUUUUUUUUACUGGCCAGUAAAUAAAGUAGCAGUCAUUUUAUAA